AUGUUUGUUUUAUUCUUCGUCUAUUAAUGCUAAGCUCAAUUUAAUAUAUAAACUACAAUUGGAGGGAAUAAUAUUUCAAUAUAUGAAAAUUAAGUGUAGAAUCAUUAAUUUAGUGUGUAAGAAUAAUAUUAAUGUCAUCCAUCAGAGUUAUUUGAAGAGGAUUAUAAAUAGGAUAGCAGAAUAUUUUAUAUUUAAAAUUUGCAUUCAAAUGCAUUAAACUUAAGUAUCAUACCUAUAUCACUUAAACCUCGAGAUAUGUAAUUGAUAAAUGUGACAAAUUAAGUUGAAUAAUAAGAAAUUACAAUAGAUGGAAGUUCAAUAUAUGAAUACAAAAUAAAUUAUGAAUGUUAUUAGGAUUGGGCUUAUGUUGAAUUACAUGUACGAUAUGGAAAGACAAUAUUAAAUUUUAGAUAUAUUAAGAUUUGUGAAGAAAGUCUCUAUUAUCAUGAUUACCCUAAUAUUAUAUUGGGAGUAAUAGCUUGUAUAUUAACGUAUAUAAGUGCAAUUUAUGGAUAAAAAAGAUUUAAAUUGAAGUAAGAAUAAGCAUAAUAAUAAAUUGAUGAAUUAGAAUCAAGUGAUUCAUUUUAUAAAGCAAGGUAAAUUUACUCUCCUUAAUAUUCACAACCAGAAUAAAUAAUAAAAAUAGGUGAUUUUUAAACAACAUCUGGUUCUGUAAAUAUAAUAGCAGUAAAAGAAAAAGAGAUUAAUUUCAAGUUAAGAUUAAUAUUAUAUGUAUUAAUUGUAAUUGGAUACUUAACAAUCUUAAAUUUAUUAGAAUAAAUAACAUUAUUAGAGAUACCAAUUUAUGGGAUAUAUUUUAUUUGUGUUUAAAUAACCAUGACAGAUCUAUUGAUUUUCAUUGUAUCAUCAUCUAUAUCUCCAUAUAUUAAAUUACCUCUAUAUGGAAGAGUAAAAUUAGUUAAUUUAUUUACUUAUUUGCUGCAAUUUAUAUAUACUUUCUUUUUAAUAAUGACAGACAAUUGGAUAUUAAAGAGUUUCAGUUCCAUUUGCUUGCUAUUUUAAUUAAUAAGAGUAAAACAAUAAUUAAUUUAACUUAGUUUAUGAAGUUUUAUAAUCUUCAACAAUUAUUAUCAGUCUAUUGCUUUAUAUUUGGAAUGUCAUUUUUCAUUUAAUACUAAUUUUAAAUUGAAUUUCCAAAAUUGUAUUUUCCAAAUACAUUUUUUUUAGAGAAUCCUAAAUUAACAUGUAGUAAUAUUAAUAUAUUAUAAUUGAUGUUACCAUGUUCAUUAUUAACUUUUACAAGAUAUUUUAGUAAAUAAACUAGAUCACAUUCAAUAAUGUUUAAAUUAGGAUAUCUAAGUUAUGUUAUAGGUUUAUGUUUAAGUUUGAAAUUAAAUGAGAAUAAUCUUAUUUAAAUAUUGAUAGAUAACUUAUUACCAUCAAUAAUGAUUUUUAUAACUAUUAAUGUAUAUAGUAUUACAAAAAGAGAGAUUAAAUAAAUAUAUUCAGGAAUAGAACCUGGAUUACAUAAUAGAGCAAUUCAAUAAUAAUAUAGUUAUGAAUUAACAAUUGAUAAAUAUAAUAAAAAUUAGUGA